AUGCUGAGAAGAUCAUUGGGGACUGUUAAUACUAUGUUGAUCAAAAGAUCACUUUCAUCCUUAAUUGCAAAACAAGUGUAUUGUAGUAGAAUAUCAACGAAUGCAAAAUCAUGUAUGAAUAAACGAAAUCUAAUAAAUCAUAAUGCAAAAAGGUUUUAUGCGAUGGGUAUAACGACUACUAAAGGAGAGAUUAUCCCAGAUGAAAUUCUACACUUAUCGAUGCAAACAUAUCACGAACAAUCAGAUGAGUUUUUAGAAAAUUUGAUGAAUAUUAUGGAAACUUUAAGUGAAACGUACCCAGAGAAUUUUGGUAGUGAAGUUGAAUAUAGUGAUGGUGUAUUUACUAUGACAGUCCCAAGAGUUGGUUCUUAUAUUAUAAAUAAACAACCAUCUAAUAAGCAAAUUUGGGUUUCUUCACCUAUAUCGGGACCAAAUAGAUUUGAUUUUUAUAAAAAUGAUUGGAGAUCAUUAAGAGAUGGGAAACUUUUGACCGAUUUAUUAAAUGAUGAGUUUAAAGAUAUUGUUCCGGGGGCAUUUGAACUCUAA